AUGGCUCCCCAAAUCUCGCUCAAGGCCGCGCUCCUGGUGCCACUGGCAGGCAUGGCAGUUGCUGCACCAGCCCCAGCCGACGUUGGCAUUAACAUCGUUGGUGGAACAACAGCUAGUUCUGGCGAGUUCCCCUACAUUGUUAGUCUGUCUAGAAGCAGUUCGCACUUCUGCGGCGGUGUCCUGCUGAACGCAAACACCGUUGUGACAGCUGGUCACUGCUCUGACUACAGCGCUUCCUCUGUCAAGGUCCGCGCGGGAAGCCUUAACUGGUCUUCUGGAGGCACACAAGUUGGUGUCUCUUCCAUCACCCGCCACCCCGACUAUUACGUCUCCAAUGACAUUCCUUACAAUGACAUUGCCGUCUGGAAGCUCUCGACCAGCAUUGCUGAGACUAGCUCUACUAUCAAAUACGCCAAGCUCGCCGCCCAGGGCUCUGACCCUUCGGCUGGUACUACCAUGACUGUUGCUGGCUGGGGUCUGACAACCGAAACUGGAACAACCUUACCCACCGCUCUCAGGAAAGUUUCCGUUCCCGUUGUCUCCCGCGCCACCUGCCAAGCAGAGUACGGUUCUGGCUCUGUAACUGACGCCAUGUGGUGUGCCGGUGUCACCUCAGGUGGAAAGGAUUCCUGCAGCGGAGAUAGCGGUGGCCCCAUUGUCGAUAGCUCUGGCACCCUCACCGGCGUCGUUUCUUGGGGCUAUGGAUGCGCCCGGGCUAACUAUGCCGGUGUAUACACCCGUAUUGGCAAGUUUGCUACCUGGAUUAACAGCCUGGCAUAA